CGAAAGUAGUUACGGCUAUGUUAAAGGGUUCGUUGGGUCAAUUCACUUCCCUCCCCGACCCAACCCCAAAACAUAACAUUAACAUUAGACAAUAGAGAGAAGUACGUUGUUGUUGUUGUUGCAGUUGCAGUUGCAGUUGCAGCGCAAGGAUAUUUGUUUCUCACUCUCUCCCUCAAACCCCAUUCGCAUUUCGCAUCGCAAUUCUCACCUCUCUCUCUCUCCGUACGCUCUCAUGUUCACUCCAACAACACACUCACUGACAUAAACACUAGUUUCAGGUGCUAUCUCGUCAUUCUCAUCCACCAAAUGCAGGAAAUACACACCAUGGGCGGAGGGAGGUUUUUCUCCGGCGACCGGAGGCUCCGACCCCACCAUCAGAGCCAGCAGGCCCUGAAGUGCCCUCGCUGCGACUCCCUCAACACCAAGUUCUGCUACUACAACAACUACAACCUCUCACAGCCCCGUCACUUCUGCAAAAACUGCCGCCGCUACUGGACCAAAGGCGGCGUCCUCCGCAACGUCCCCGUCGGCGGCGGUUGCCGCAAAUCCAAACGCUCCUCCAAACCCACCAAAACAUCCUCCCAAACCGCGUCACCGGACCCCGACCACCACAACAACAACACCAACUCUCACUCCAGCAGCGGGAGCUCCAGCCUCACCGCCGCGGCCGCCACCGCCACCACCACCACCACCACCGAGGCCGUGUCGGCGCCGGAGACUCUAAACUUGGAUUCCAACAACAACAACAACAACAUGCAAGAGUCAAAGUUGUUGAUCCCUGCUUUGGAAACAAAUCCUCUGGAGCACGGAACAGGGGACUGCGGUGGUAUCUUCUCUGAAAUCGGUCCUUUCACCAGUUUGAUCACUACUACUACUUCCACUAACGAGCCAUUGGCGUUCGGGUUCGGUAACUCCACUCUCCCCGAUGCGUCGUCGUUUCAGUGGCUCCACCAGAAAGUUAGCAGCAGCAGCAACGAAGAGUUGAAGUUACCCGAGAGUUCCUUGCUCGAUCACACCGUUGAUUUUCAUAGUAAAAUCAGCCACGGGGGAGGAUUCGGAUCGUUGGAUUGGCAGGGCGGUGCAGAUCAAGGUUUGUUUGAUCUUCCUAACACCGUUGAUCACGCUUACUGGAGUCACACUCACUGGUCUGACCACGACAAUUCUACUCUCUUUCAUCUUCCCUGAAAAUGCCUUCACAUAUCUCAUCUCACCUUUUUUAUUUAUAUAAUUUAACUUUAAAGAAGAGUAAAGGAAAUUGGAAAUCAAAACCAACGUUAGAAAAGAAAGAGAAGGUGGAAGGACUUGGUAUAAUUAAUAACGAGGUGUAUAUUUUUUUUUAAUUUAUAAAUUUGGGGGGUGAUUGAGUUUGAUUUUAAUUAGUGAUGUGCAUGCACAACUAACUUCCAUGUUAGUUUCUCUCCUUUUGUUUUCUGGGAGUUCGGCGUUUUAAUAUAUAUAUAUACACACACAUAUGUAUGUGGAAUUUGAUUGAUUAACAGAGAAAUUAUAGCAGGGUGUUUUAAUUUUAUUAUUAUCCACCCGUACUUGUUUAUUUAGUUGGUUGUUUAGAUUUGUAAUCGCAUUUUUUGGUUU